AUGAUACUACCUCAGGAAAAGGACAAAAAAAUUGUCCUGAAAUUGCUCGAAGAAAGAUUAGACUACGGCCACAGUAUAUACAUGGAUAAUUAUUAUAAUUCCUACAAUUUGGCAGUAAAAUUACUGGAACGAAAAACUUACUGCACAGGCACCUUGGGAAAAAACAGAAAAAAUAAUCCAGUGGAUCUCGGUUCAGUCACUCAGAAAGGGAGAAAACAAAUCAUCGUUCUUGAAUGGUGUCCACAUCGAAUGGCUAUCUUAGAAAAUCUUUUACCUCAACCUGUACCAACGGAGCAAAUUACGUUAAAAAUUCAACACAAUUUGACGAAAAUAGAAAACUUUAAAUUACGUGAAAAACGAGAUGGUAAUCCCACAAAAAUUACUAGAGAAAUCAUCAGGAAGGAAUGCAAGGGCUGGAGAGCCAAGAAAAAAAGAGUAGCUACAUUAUACGAGUGCAAAGGAUGUAAUGGAUCCCCAGGAUAUUGUACAGCAUGUUUUAGCAAUGUCCACUCUUAA